CGUGUGUACAUCGUGAUUAUUGUGUCGUAUAUUAAGUCGAUUAUAUUUAUAUUGUAAUUUAUAUUGUGUGGGAAGAGUCGGUUCCCGAGGAAUUAAACAAAUAGAGUCGAAGAUUUUGUCCACAUUAAUUGUUUGUCAGCACGAGCAACGCGACAUCAUGGGAGACAACGAGGACGACAAUACCAGCUCUCCAUCGACGACGUCAUCUAGCGAAAGCGCAUCGCUGCCAGUCGACAAACUGUCCAAGGACAGCGAGGAUGGCUCGACAACAUCCAAGUCGUUAAUGGGAGAUCAAAUCGACAUCGAAGACGAUUUCGUAAAACUACUGGAACUCGACUACUCCAACUCCAAGGACCACGAUAAAGCCACAGACCUACCCAAAAUGGCAACCGAACAACUGGCCAGCCCUGAAGCCCAGUUGCCUAACAUCAGUGGACUGAAAUUGACGCCUUUACAGGAAGGGGCUCUUCCUACAUACACUCAGUUCCCAAUCUCGAAUGAGGCAGCUGCAUUGUUGUGCGAGAUUCGAGGCUUGCCACCUCCAGAACUCGACUCUACUUGGACUGUCCAGACUCAAGCCGAUAUCGAUGAAGAAAAUAUAAAGCGUCGACGCCUACUCGGGGCCACGGCACCAAAAGCAAAGUUCAGUGUCUAUGGAAGAGAACUCAAGUCGACUGAUAACGCUGACGCAUUUCUAGCACCUUCCGUCCCGUCGAUUCUGCUCCUCCUCUUAAGACACCCUCCUUCAAGACAUUCCUCCAAGAUCACAACAUUUCGACGAUCAAGUUAGACCCGGAGAGCAAGCCACUGUACUGACUCAACGAGGAUCAGCU